UUAAUAUGUUUAUGUAAAAAAAAAAAUCAAUAAUGAAACUUACAGACUCGUUACGUGAUUGCUAUUGUUAACGGAUUGCCUGCAAUUCUACUGUAGAACCUCUGCAAUCAAAACAAACCCAUGUGGCUAAUUUACACAACCAUGAACACACACACACAAAAAAAGCAUUAAUCUCAUCAAAUAUAAUGUCAUGUUAUUCAUUUAAUGUGUUCCUUUGUCACAAAGAACGGAUCACAUUGUGUCAUAAUGAAAGCCGAUCAAGAUCAACUCCAAGAUCAAACGAGACUGUUACACAUAUGAAAGAAACGCACUCGCGCCAAAUUGAUGUCACAGCCCUUCUUGCGCACUUCGAGGGAGGGACUUGCGGACGCACAGCUCCUCCCAUCUUUUAAACUUUGGAAGUCGGCACUCAUUGGAACAUUCCACGUCACAUGACCAACGGUCGCGGGAAGACUUUGACCACGCUUGUUGGUGGGAGGAGUAGCUCGCCAUUCAAAAUAGUUUUGUAAACACUAUUGUCUUAAACGUUGCUGUUUUGGAUGCUUUGACAUGUUGUGAGAGUUUGACCUUUUAGUUCGGCGUCUCCUAUAUCCCUUAAUUAUUAUUAGGAUUCUUUUUUUCAAGUUCUUUAGAUAUCAGUUGGAAGUUUGUGGAGCAGCCAUUUUUUUCAUUUGAAACGUCGCCGUGGACACUGGUUAAUACGAUUACGACGUCUUUCGGAUUUUAUGCGACUACACCGAGCUCGUUUGGACUUGUCACGGACAUAUCGUUCAGCGAGAGAAGAUAUUUUACUCUGAUAAUUUAACAGACUGUUUUUCUUUCGGAACAAUUUGGGAAUCACAUUGCCGUUUUUCAAGACCGUUCAUCAGCGCUCGGGUUGUUGCAUUGCAAGACCCGUAAUAGAUAUGUUUAUCUAGACCACAUCAUCUCUGCCUGAUUUUUCAGCCAGUUAGGCUGUGUUUUAUAGUUUUAAACUACUUGCUUUGUUUGUUUGUUUGUUUGUUUUUUUACAAAAACUGAACUUUUGCCUAAAAGAUGAAUUUCGUUACACGGAGGCACGGCAAGUCUCCAAAUAUUAAACCCGUUCGCCAGAAGUUGCAGUUUUCGGCCAGUGAUGGUGAAGAAGACGUCAUUGAAGAUCCGAACAACAGCACCGGGGCCGAGUCGGGCUUCACGGAGUUGGACUCCCCGGUAUCCGUGAGGCGCAGCAGCGGUAAGAGGCCGGAGGACAUGGGCGGCGGCAGCAGUCCUCUCAGCCGAACCAGAGACGACGACGAGUCCUGGGAUGAAGAGGGCUUCGGAUCACCUUCUCGCGCAAAACACGAUUUUUACAUGAAACGCUCUCCGUCGCCACGAAAAAGUCCCCAGGCUUACGACAGUUCACCUGAGAGGAGUUACAUUCAUGAUGACAUGGAAGGAUCCAGCUCUCCUGUCCCGGACUGUCCUGACACACCACCCCAUAAAACCUUCAGAAAACUCCGUCUGUUUGACACCCCUCACACCCCAAAGAGCUUACUGUCUAAGGCCAGGACGAUGGUAUCGACGGAACGGAGAGUCGCCCUGUUUUCUAAUGUGGAUUCCACCAGCAAAGCCUGUCUGGACGCAAGACGAAACCAGACACCCCUAGUAAACAUCAACCCCUUCACACCAGACUCCAUUCUGAUGCAGUCAUCGACACUACAAAGAAAUAACAGGAAACGAGCACACUGGAAUGACAGCUCAUGUGGGGAGGACAUGGAUGCAAGUGAUCCUGAGAUAGAGGAUGAGCUCAUUCCUCCCUCAAAGAGGAUAACUAUGAUGGAGAAUAACAUGAUGUCCAGAUACGCGUCUGAAUUCCAUGAGCUGGAGAAGAUUGGUUCUGGAGAGUUUGGUUCUGUUUUCAAAUGUGUCAAGAGGUUGGACGGCUGUAUCUAUGCCAUCAAACGUUCUAAAAAGCCCCUGGCAGGCUCUGUGGAUGAGCAAAAUGCACUUCGUGAGGUAUAUGCACAUGCAGUUCUUGGACAGCACCCCCACGUCGUGAGGUAUUAUUCUGCUUGGGCAGAAGAUGACCACAUGCUGAUCCAGAAUGAGUACUGCAAUGGAGGAACCCUGUCUGAUGUUAUUGCUGAGAACAAUAGACGCUUACACUUCCUGUCUGAGAUGGACCUGAAGGAUCUGUUGCUGCAAGUCUCUCGUGGACUCAAGUACAUCCAUUCUACAGCACUUGUUCACAUGGAUAUCAAGCCAAGUAAUAUAUUCAUUUCACGCAAACCUGUUGCCACUGUAGAGGAAUUUGAAGAUGAAGAAGAUGGUCCCAUCACAAGUGUAGUUUACAAAAUAGGUGAUCUAGGUCAUGUUACAACGGUGACCAGUCCACAAGUCGAAGAAGGUGACAGCAGAUACCUGGCAAAUGAAAUUCUUCAAGAGGACUACAGCAACCUGAAAAAGGCAGACAUAUUUGCCCUGGCUCUGACUGUAGUCAGUACCUCUGGAGCAGAGCCCCUUCCCACCAAUGGGGAAAAUUGGCAUAAAAUCCGACAGGGCAUCCUGCCCCAUAUCCCACAAUUGCUUUCUCAGGAAUUUUUAAGCUUAUUAAAGCUUAUGAUCCAUCCUGACCCGACACGGCGACCCUCAACCUCUGACCUUAUCAGACAUCCCGUUCUUCUGACUGCUUCUAGAAUGAGUGCUGACCAGCUGCGUGUAGAGCUCAACGCUGAGAGAUUCAAGAACGCACUUCUGCAGAAGGAGCUAAAGAAAGCUCAGAUGGCAAAGGCUGCAGCAGAAGAGAUGGUUCUGUCCACAGACCGUGUUCUUACACGUUCAACAGUCCAAUCCAGCUCCAGAACUUCUCGACUCGUCGGGAAAAAGAUGAACCGUUCCGUUAGUCUCACUAUUUACUGAACUGAACCUAAAGACAAAGGAGAUGACCAGUCCUAAGUGGGAACUACAGUGGUGCUUAUCAAAGACUUGGGGACACAGACAGUUUUGUCUGUAGCCAGAAGGAGGACACGGACUGUUUUGUGACUUACAGUGCUUAUACUAUUUGGUACAAGUACCAUUGUCUUUACUGAAGCUUGGGAUCCUUCUGCAUUGUAUUGGCACUCUGAAUACAUAAUGCAGAUCUGGAUUACCAUUUAGGUUUGUUUUCUCAAAAUCUCUUGACAAAUUUGCCUUAAGACUUUUAGUAUAGUUAUGCCUUCCAAAUCUUUGCUUUAAGUUCCAUAGGUAAGGAUCAAAAUGGUCUCCCUGCACUUGCUUUCUCAGAGGUGCAGUGUUGCUCUUUACCAAAUGGGAGAUGUGUGCCCCUAUUGAGCCCUGUUAUGUGAAUGUACCAGAUCAAAGAUUUGUGCACCUUACUGCCUGUGAUAAAUGCCUGUUGGGCCACAGAAGUUGGGGCUCGAGUUAGAUUGCCAUUAAAUGAGCACUUUGGAGGCAAUGGUGAGCUUGCCACAAAAAAACCUGCUGCUAUUCAUGUUCGUCUGUAUCCAGUUAGGGUUGGAAGAUUUUUUUUUUUCUUUACUUUUAAAUCAUUUUAUCCAUCCAAACAAGCUAUAUUUCAUAAUCUCAUCAUCAUAAUAGAUUUUGUGCUCCAGUAACUGUUUCCUUUUUAAAUCCUCCCAUUUCUUUUUUUUUUUUUUUUUACUUUGUCCAGUCUUGAAUUUAACCAUGUGAUAAACCAAGCCUAAAACUGGAAGCAAGCGAUGAUUUAAAUGUAUACAUGCUUUCUAAAUCUCCAACCCUGUUUGUAGCAUUAAAACAAUCUUUGUCCGGUUCAACUGAUGUCCUUUAGUUAAUAAUGUAUAAUUCUGACUUUUGUGUUACUUCAACUACAUAGAUGGGGUACUGUUUAGAUUUGGUCUUGUUAAUACUAAAAAACUUCAUUUUGUCUUUAAAUCCGUUCAUUUUAAUAAACUGUUUUCACAUAAAAA